AUGGAGGCGGAAGGUCUGGGAGGUCGGCCGCAAAAGAUAGGGACACCUCGGAAUAAGAGGAACCAGGAUCGGUACUGUUGCCCCGGCCAGGAGCCUGGACGCACCUACCGCGGAGAUCGGGGUGAAGGCCAGCGGCGCGACCGCCUUGGGCGGCGUGACGCGCCCGGGAGCCGCUCCCCCGACCAGGACACCCAAAACCUAGCUGGAGUGAUAAACACCAUCGCCAGGGGCCCCACCGAGGGAGACAGUCACACAACUCGGAAGAACAGGUUAUCUCCCCCCGAGGGGGAUGACUCCCUGAAGCGGCUGCGCAUGGACGAGGAGAUCACUUUCGGACCAAGGGACGCAGUUCCCCUAGCGUCCGGGAACCAUGAGCUCAUCGUGAUAGACAUUGUCACCAACAAUUACCACGUGAAGAAGGUGUAUGUCGACCAAGGGAGUGCGGUUGACAUUAUGUUCUAUCGGGUGUUCAACGAGCUCGGCUUGGAGGACGGGCAGCUUACCCCAAUUCGGACACCCCUGAUGGGCUUCACCGGACCCCCUAUCAACCCGGAGGGAAUGAUCACCAUGAUGGUCACGGUAGGGCAGGCCCCCAAAUGCCGGACCAUCCCUGUCAACUUCGUGGUGGUCAAGCAACAGUCCCCGUACAACGUGUUCCUGGGUCGGCCUGCCUUGAACGCUCUCCGAGCUAUCCCCUCGACGCUCCACCUCAGCGUCAAAUUCUCCACUCCGGGAGGGAUAGCCGAGGUGCGCGGUGACCCUGAGGUGGCCAGGGCUUGCUACUUGGCCAUGCUUCAGGGACGGGAGAAGGUGGUCGCCCAGACGACCUGUCUGGAGCCUUACAUCCCGGGGGACGAAACCCGGCAGCCAGGCACCCAGGACGAAAUCGAGAAGUUCCCCUUGAGGGAAGACCGGCCAGACCAGGUGAUCCGCAUAGGCGCUGCUGCCCCCGGAGGAGAAGGAGGGCUUGAAAGCCCUGUUAAGGGAAUACUCCCAGGUUUUCGCUUGGACGGUUGA